GUCUAAUCCAACCUUACUUGAUCAAUACGAAAAAUAAAAACUCACAUUUUGUCUGGGUAUGGAGUAUGUAUAGGAAAUAAGCUAAUACAGUUUGGGCAAGGAUGGAGAUGGUACUAGGUAUGGUAUGUCCAGUUUAGGGAAUGCGUCGACACAAUAUGUUUGUUUAGUUGCAUCACCAUUCCUAUACUUGCUUCUUUCGCAAAACUAUGUCAUUUUAGAAUCCUAAAUCCAUGUUACAGCAAUAAUUUCUUAAUUACAUAUAUGUUCUAACUUCUAAAAUAGACGAACUGUAAAAAAAAAUUGUUUGAUGACACAUGUCUAAUAUGCAUAGGUUAACUUACAAUCCACACCUACACAAGGCAAUCCAGAGAUCGAUUUUGAUUUAAGUGAAUCGAUACUACUAUAGUCAAAAGCUCACAAGCAAACCUCGAGAUUGAGAAUGAAGAGUGCUAAUCUAAGUUAUAUUUUUUUUUUUUUUGUGGCAAAUGAACCAUUGACAUGGGUAACAAUCUAAGAGGGUGAUGAACCCAUUUUCCAUUUGAUGAUGGUGUGUAAUUAGCCUUUAUCUCAAACUCAAAAGUAGCACAAAGAAUGAAUUAAUCAAGGGACACAAUCAAAGAUGGGGAAAAGAGUUUAACAACCCUGGCCUUUGUGUCUUUGAUGAAGAUGUCAAUGCACUAUUUGAAGUGGCAGAGAGAUGCUAUUAAUCAAUAAUUAGGUGUCAUUAAACAAACCUUAAGUAAUGUGAUUUCUCAGGGCAUAUGCAAAUGAUGAAUAAUGCUUCCUCCUUACAUGAAAUUGCAUGGGGAAUAAAAAUGAUGCCACUCACUCACUCUCCUGCCUCUCCUUCCAUCUCUUUUGUUCUUCUUUUGAUUCCACGUACCCAUAUCUUAUUAUCAAUUAUUUUUACAAUGCCACGCCUGAAAUCUCCCUUUUCAAUAGGAAUAUUUUCUGAGCUCGAUGAACCCAGGAGAUUUGGGAACAAUCGGGACAAAGGAGUUAAGCUCGAUUUUGUAAGGUAAAAGAUUUUGUUUAAGUUUUUCAAUAAUCCAAGUAAUUGGAACUAUCAACAUGGUAUUCGAGCUUUGAGUGAUAGGUUUUGUUGAACCAUUUUCACCAAUUCCGAAAUCAAUAGAUUUUUUAUAUGGUAUUCUAACUUUUGAUUGUGAGGUUUUGUAUUCGAUUUUUGAUCAUUCUCAAGGCUCAUUAGUAAUUUAAGCAGGCGAUGGCCUUGCACAAAUUUUCGAGCCAUGUUUUUUUUAAUUUUCUUUGACUAGACAUGCAAUGGGAAUGAUUUAAAAUCUAUUUUUAAUCUCUCACAACAAUUUAGGGGUCGUUUGGAAGUUGCGAUUGUUAAAUAGAUGUAUUGUUGAAAAUGCAUGUAUAAUAUUAUACAUGUAUUGUCGAAUUUGAUGCAUAGAAUACAACUUUGGUAUGCGUGAUUGUGUAUGUCGCAUCAGCUAAAAGCUGAGACAAAACAAUCUCAACUCAACUAUCUCAACAAUCACAACUAAAAACUGAGAUAUAACAAUCACUCAAAAUGAGUGAUAGUUUCUGUCACAUCAUAGAAACAAUCCAUGUAUUGUUUCUGCUAAAAAAACAAAAAAAAUUGAUGCAUUGUAAACAAUACAUGCAUAAUGACAAUCUCAACAAAACAAUCGCAACUUCCAAACGACCCUUAGAUUCUUGACAAGUUUGGAAAAUAAUAUAGAAGAUGAAACUCUGUUUUUGUACAUGUAAAUCAAGUGAGGUUUGGUGCACCUACGCAUUUGGACAAAUCUAUGCGUACUGUUGCUCAUGUGGAUAGAGUUUCUCUUACUUAAAUGUGCUCAGAUUGCCUCAGUUUGGUUAAAUAGAAAGAUGUGUAUAGCAAUGUUAUGCGUAAAUCACCCAAAAAGUGGGUUUCUAAUAUUAUGCGACCCUCUCAUCCAUGAUCAUUCCAUUAGAGUAAGCUUAUCAUAUUUGAAUUUCAUUCAUCUCGGAUGAUCAAACAAGAAGACAGAUUGGAUUGCAAUAUUCAUCCGGGCGGAUAUCCACGGUUACGGAUAUUUUUAUCAUUCCUAAUAAGACAUAUGAUCUAUCGAAUUAAACUCCGCCAACAUAUCCCAAAUUCAAGACGAUCAAUGCAUGAUGACACAACCUCACCACCUAAUGAACAAAUAACACGAAGAAGGGUCUUUUCCUUCAACAUCUCAAAACACAUUUUGCUAGUAGAAGCAAUAUUAUAAGGGUUCUAUCUUGUUGUUGGGUUUUAAUUGUGUUUCCACAAUUUUGUAAAUGCCCCAUUGCGGGAAUUGGCAGUGAAAGUAACCCAUAAACGGCAAAGUCCCUCUCUCAUUGACGGGGAAGAACUAAUUAGUUACCCUUAUAGGCUUAUACACAUCGAAAGCAAAAGGAAAAGCCUUGGAGACGAUCGAGAGGCUAUAUGAUUACCACUACUACCACCAUUCCCCCACACUCUACUGUUGUAAUGGAGAAGCUUGUCGCUUCACGACCUGCCAACUUGCCAUUUCUUCAUUCGCUAUCUCGAAUGUCGACCUCGCUCGAUUCACAGCCAAUUGAAACUCUGGCCCUCCCCCUUCUUUGAUGGAAACAAUCAAUGGUUAGUUCCAACACAUGAUCGGCAAGAGGAAUGAGGGGGAACAUCCAUAUGCAGACCUAAUUAUUCACUGGAUUAGACUGGACAAAGAAUGCCCAAGUAUGGAAUUUUUGUCGGAGCUUGUAAUGUGAUCCCCAAACUGGUGGAAAGUUCAAUUUCUGUAUGCCAGUAAUGGGUUUUCUAGGUCGAUUAGAAAGUUCAAGUUCUAUAUACCAAGACAGUUCAUCGAAAUAUGAGAUUGCAUACCAAUAAUGUUUACCUUCCCUUCAAGAAUCAAGAUGGCAGGGGAAAAAACAGAGCAAGCGAGCCAAACAGAGUACUCUUGUGAAGUAGUGACCAGAAACCACAAAUUGGGGUGCGGCAGAGACAAAAGAAAAUGGAAGGUAUGCGCGUGGGCAUAAAAUCCGUUUCCCCCCCUGUUCCUGUCUGAUCAAAGAUUUGAUUUCACUGUUCCAAACUUACACUCCAAGAUCGAAAAGAAAAGCAAGAAAGAAAAAAAAAACAGAGCAAACAGACAUGAGUAUAUAAGAGAGAAAUCAUCAUCCUACUUUCACUUCAUUAUGCCUGCAAUCAUGAUUCUUGGUUCCCUCACCCGCAUGCCCUCUCCCUUGCCUAACUCCUCCCUCCACUACCCACAACCCUCCCUCCUCAAAUCUCUCUCCCUUUCUCCUCUCGUCACCUUCCUUCCUUCCCACCCACACACCACUAUAAAUUCCCACUCUCCCUCCCCAUUUCUUCUCCCCGCCUCAAAGUUCCAAUCUUUUCCCCUUCCUCCUCCAAUCCCCCAAACACCCAUCUCGAGAUCGAAUCUCUAAUCAAUGGCUGCCACUGGAUUCGAAGGCUUCGAGAAGCGCCUGGAGCUUCGCUUCUAUGGCGACGACCCUUUAGCAACCACAACUCAAUACUCGUCGUCGCCAUUGGGCCUCCGUCAAAUUCUGGACUUCGAUUCAUUGGUCCAAGUCCUAAACGCGGUCCAAUGCACCGUCGUUUCGGCCGUGGGGAAUCGUUACUUCGACGCCUACGUUUUGUCCGAAUCCAGCCUCUUCGUCUACCCGACCAAAAUCAUCAUCAAGACCUGUGGGACCACUCAGCUGUUGAAAUCCAUCCGUCCGUUGAUCCAGCUCGCCACCUCAUCGCACGAUCAGGAUCUCUCCCUCUGCGCCCUCAGGUACACCCGCGGCAGCUUCAUCUUCCCUGAAUCCCAGCCCUCCCCGCACACCAGCUUCGCCGACGAGGUCGACUACAUCAACCGCCACCUCCCGCCGUCUCUCCGCCGCCGGAAAGCCGCCGUCAUGCCCUCCAACCUCACCUCCCACUCCUGGCACGUGUUCACCGCGACCACCGACCAGGCCCCCCACCUUAUUGGGCCUGGGCUGGAGUCCUUCUACACGGUGGAAGUCUGCAUGACGGAGCUGGAUCGGGCCCAGGCCCGCAACUUCUUCCAGCCCCCAGGGAAAGGCCGAAACGGCGACGUAGCGGGGAAGGAAAUGACGAAGCUGACCGGGAUCAGCGAGAUCAACCCCGGUUCGAUCAUCUGCGAUUUCGGGUUCGACCCGUGCGGAUACUCGAUGAACGGGAUCGACCAGGAGCGGUACUCGACCAUCCACGUCACCCCCGAGGACGGGUACAGCUACGCCAGCUUCGAGUGCGUGGGGUCCGCCUUCGACGAUGACGUGGACGACCUCGUGGAAGUGUUGAGGAAGGUGGUCCGGGUUUUUGGGCCUGGGGUUGUGUCCGUAUCCACUACUGGAGCGACCCGCGAGGUUUGGGCCCAGUUGGGCCGAGCUAUGGAAGGGAUGAAGCGCCGGAGUUUUGCCGUGGACGAGUUCCCGGCUGCCGGGACCGUCGUGUUCCAAACGUUCACCGCCGGCCGCCGGAAGUAGUGGGGUGAAUGGUGAUUAUGGGUUGUUGGGUAGAUAAUCAAUUAAUUAAAAAUGUCAAAAAAAAAAGUGGGGGGGAAAAGGGAAUAUUUUCUUGUGGAGGGGGGAGGGAGUCAAAAAGAGAGGAAAAAUUAGUGGGGGUUUAAUGUUAAUUAGUGGGGUGAAUCAUAAUAUUAAAAGUUAGUUUUAGACUUGUUGGAAGGAUUGGGAAGAUGCACGAAAAGGUGAUGGGGAUUAAGGGAGGGACAUAAUCACUCUAUUAACGAUCAAAAUUUGUGGAGGGAGGGAUUAAGGUUCAUGAUAAUGCACCCCACUUAGGCUUUUGUUGUCACGCCUAGGGAUUUUUUUGAAGGAACUCCCUUUGGUUUGGUAGUGCGGGAACUUGUUGCAAGAAGGAAAGGAACAAAAAGAUGGAAAAGGAAUUAAGUGGUCUUUGUUGUUUAAAGUUUUUUCACAAGGUGAUGUGUAGCUUUCAUUGUUGGUUUAUCUUCUCUUUUCACUCCCUCCUUUUGUCUCAUGGUAUUACAACCAUUUAUUGAGUUUUACCACAUUGAUUGCCUUAUAAGUAAAUUCAACAUCUUCUAAGUAUGAUCACAAUCGUCAUUAUUCGUGAGUAUCAUCGCUUAAUACUUUAUACUAAUGUAACUUCUAGAUUCAUUCAUCAUUCACAAAAACUGGGUCCGAAUGCAUACAAAGCCGCGAGAACCGAAAAACAGAGAAAUCCAGAUAUUUCGGUCAUCCUAAUGCUUCCAUAAAGUGUAUGACUAUAUGAGUCAUAAGUUGGUCGACUUGGUUUCUGGUCUCCAGAUUGUUGUCACUACUGGUAAAUUUCUUCACACCCAAUGUCAAUCUCCAUAAAGCCGAGGGCUUUUCUGUUCAACUUGCAUACAAAUGUCUGACACUAAUUUCAAUAACAUUAUCGUCUGACAAAUAAAAUACGUAUACACAACUUUAUUCAACCGAUUGUUUGACUGGUCGCGAACAAACCAAUAUAACUUUUUAUGAGAGGGCAUUCACAUGAUGUAAAGAGAUACAAGCAAGUAUGUCUGGUGGGAUUAUCUUUUAAGCUUUGAGGAUGAUUAUCAUUGGUUAUUAUACUUACGGGAAGCUAUAGAGAGCCGGGAGAUAUGGUGAAAUGGCGUGGAAGUCACCACAGCUCAACAUGAUGCAAUCUAACAGCUAGCUAUUUGAUUUGGUUGCAUAUUUACACAUAACAAUCAUCAUCCUACGAAAAGGGAGUAGGGGAAGUGAGACUAAUCUACUACACGUGACCAUAAUUGGGUUUAAAAGAGAGGACCAAAAUUUGUUCCCUUUCCAACAUUGUUCAAUGUUGACAUUUUUUGGGGUGUCACUUUACUUACCCACUUUGGCUAAGUGCACCAACUUUUAUCAUAUUCUUGGAGCCUCACUUACCUUACCACACCCUUCAUCAUCGUGAUGUCACUCCCUUUGAAGUCUCAAAGUAAUGGUGGUAAUGCAUCCAUCAACUUGUAUUAACUCACUAAUAUAAUAUGGGUUAGAGUUCCCCUUUCAUGACUUCAUUGGAAUCGAUCAACCCUUUGUAUAGUUUUUUGACAGAAAAGAUUGUGUUGAAUUGGAUUGUUUGUACCUCUGAGGGUUUUUUUAUCAUGACUAAUUACACGAUCAACACAUUUUCAUAAGAACGAGAGUUUUCGAUGUUUUAUAGCUUUUUGGAACAAGUGAAGUUAAAUUACUUGUACUGUUGCGAAGGUUUAGUGAGUGACCCAAAAGUACUCUUAUGGCUAUUUGAUAGAGAAAUGUUAGGACUUGACAUUGUGGUUUUAUGAAUUUUGAAGAACCUCGUCAAUGAUAAUGUAGGAUAGAAAUGUCUACUCCUAUCGAUAUUUAGAUCGUAUUCACCCUGCAGGAGGUCUAGACCAAUAAUAUAGUAAAUAUUGAGAUUUGGA